AAAAACACCAGCGUAAAACACACCGUUUGGUUAUUUAAAUGGCAGAGACCGUAAUUUAAAUACAGUGGAGGGGGUUUUGAGGAUAUUUGCCAGUGACAAACAGACAGCCACUAAUUACAGUACUACCCUGAAAUUGAAACAGCGAUUGCUGAGGAACGAAGCAAAGCAUGGUGUUCUUAUAGCGUAAAAAGAAAGAAAGAGAACAGCACAGUAAAGCCUGACUGCGGCAGAGCUGAUGGAUUUUGUGUCUCUGUUUCUCCCUUUUUUCGUUGUAAAGCUUGUUGUCAAAUUAAAAUACUCAAACUGCUUCAUCAUUAGAAGUCUCUUCCAAGCCACCACCAUUAAUAAUUAAGCCCUUUGUGCCAGAAAAGAGAAACCCAUUAAUUUUUCCACUCUAUUUAUCCAAAACCAUGCAAUGUGAAUCAAAACAUAGCCGCUUUCAGUUUCAGCUCUCCUUUGAACCGUAGAAACUAAUCUGUAUUGUGGAUUGCUGGUUUUUUUUUGUAACUAUGUUGGGCCUAGUCUCUGCAAAAACCACACCAAAUGCCACACCACAACAUGUUUCCUUUCCUCAAAACGACAAUUGCAUCCAUAAAAACGGCUAUGAAACUCCAUCUCCGCUACUAAAACGAACCCCAUCACCCUCCUUCGCUAAACCAAAAAUCAAACCUCCUAACAAGACACUGCAAGAACUACGCACCCAUGAGUCGUCUCUUGAUAACCCGGAUCUGGGUCCCUUUUUAUUAAAGCUUGCCAUAGACACCGUAGCUUCUGGUGAUAACCAGAAUAAGGCCUUGGAUUAUGCCGCCCGUGCGUCCAUAUCGUUUGAGAAAUCCUCGGGUCUCGGUCUGGACCUGGCUAUGAGCUUGCAAGUAGAAGCAGCGAUCUAUUGCAGCAUGGGCCGGUUGGAGGAUGCAAUUCCGGUUCUAGAACGGUCUAUUGAGGCUCUGGAUCAUAAAAACGGGUCGGAUCAUGCGGUGGCGAAGUUUUCCGGGUUCAUGCAGCUUGGUGACACGUAUUCUAUGCUGGGGCGAGUAGACCGUUCCAUAUCGUCUUAUGAGUCGGGUUUAAAGAUCCAAACUGAGACUCUCGGGGAUUUGGAUCCAAGUGUUACUGAGACUUGCAGGUACUUAGCCGAGGCUUAUGUUCAAGCAAUGCAGUUUGACGAGGCAGAAAAACUAUGCCAAAGGAGCCUUGAAAUUCAAAGGGUGCAUAAUGCCCCAGCAUCACUUGAAGAGGCAGGUGAUCGCCGGCUUAUGGCUCUUAUUUAUGAAGCAAAGGGGGACUAUGAAUCUGCACUUGAGCACCUUGUCCUUGCUAGCAUGGUGAUGAUUGCUGCUGGUCAGGAAAAUGAAGUUGCUGCCAUUGAUGUUAGCAUUGGCAAUAUCUAUGUGUCCCUUUGUCGAUUUGAUGAAGCCAUUUUUUCCUAUCAAAAAGCCUUAACAGUCUUUAAAUCCAUAAGAGGAGAUGAUCACUGUACCAUUGCAUCAGUCUAUAUUCGCUUGGCAGAUGUGUAUUGUAAGACAGGCAAGCUAAGAGAAUCCAAAUCAUAUUGUGAGAAUGCCCUGAGAAUACUUUCAAAGCCAGUGCCUGGAAUUGCAACCGAGGAGAUUGCUAGUGGGCUGACUGAAAUCUCAGCCAUCUAUCAAGCUUUAAAUGAGCACGAGGAGGCGUUGAAGCUCUUGGACAUGGCAAUGAAGUUGUUGAAGGAUACCCCAGGGCAACAUAGCAUGAUUGCGGGAAUAGAAGCACAUAUGGGGGUGAUGUUUUACAAGGUUGGAAGGUACGGGGAGGCUCGAAGUUCCUUUAAAAAUGCUGUAGCAAAGCUCCGGGCUAGUGGGAAGACUAGAUCAGUCUUCUUUGGGAUUGUGUUGAACCAGAUGGGAUUGGCCAGUGCACAACUGUACAGGAUAGAUGAGGCAGCUCAGUUGUUUCAAGAAGCAAGGGAGAUUUUAGAGCAGGAAUGUGGCUCAUGUCACUUGGAUACGAUUGGAGUGUAUAGCAACCUUGCAGCAACUUAUGAUGCUAUGGGAAGGGUAGAAGAUGCAACUGUGAUAUUGGAGUACAUACUCAAGUUGAGAGAAGAAAAACUUGGAACAGCAAAUCCAGAAGUUGCCGAUGAGAAGGAAAGGCUAGCCAUGCUAUUGAAGGAAGCAGGGAGGGCUAGGAUCAGGAAAGGCAAUUCCCUUGUAAAUCUCCUAGAUUCUAGCUCGUAGAGAAUAAAAGAUGAAGCUUCAAAGAGAUUCUCUGGAUUUGGUUUUAGAACUUGACUAGGAAUCUCUCCUGCACCUUGUUCUCGAAGACUCAACUGUUUGUAAUAUAGAAGAUCGUGACGUAAUUUAGAUAUCUAGUGGAAUCUUCUUGUUUCUUGGGAUUCCUUAACAAUUUGUUUCCGUGGCAAUUUCCUAGUUUAUUUGAAUAAUCCUCAGUCACCAAAUGAAAUCUCAGAUUUAUUGAGUUAACAAGUUCUAGUA